AAAUAAUUUUCUGCGCGUGCGCCGACACACUUCCCCAAUCAAAGAUCGGGACGAACGGACUAGAGAUUAGUGUUUGGGAAUUGUUUACUCGUGAAAAAUUAAAUUUUUUAAAGUCCGUUUCGAUAUUUUAAGACGAAUUAAAGUGUUUAGAAGCGAGUUAUGCCAUUUUUAAUUGUUUAUAAAGCACGUAUUAACGCCGAUUCGGUUUUAAAGCUCGACAAGUCGUUAGGGUUAAACGUCGUUUAAAAAAGUUUUCGUAGAAAAGAUGAUAGGAUGUUCAUGACUCGACUACAUGAUGAAUGAAUUAAGACAAAUGUGUGUCAGUGAAAGAAACCAUGUCAAAUGCAAGAUUUAUUCUCCAAGUCCAUGUUGGUACUUUCAGCACAUUUUACGAAGCUCUAUCAAUAGAAGCAAGCAAACAGACAAUAUCAGAUGAAAUAGUUUCAUGUGUUGUAGAAAAAUUAGGUCUUAAAUACCCUCAGAAUUAUGAAUUGGCAGAAGUGGUGUAUGAUGCCAAUGGACAGGACUGCAAAGAAAGGAGACUGGGAGGUACUGAAUCUCCUGUUGCAUUACAAUUAUUAUGGCCUCGACCCACCUCUCUUGUUGAAUGUGAUAGGGAGUUUCAAGCUCCCCAAUAUCGUUUCUGCUUACGCCAGAAAUUUAGUGACAGUGCUCGUCAUGGUUUGUUAUGGCCAGAUAGCACUGAUCAUAAGUUAAUUCAAGAAUAUUUUUUAAGAUUCUUGUAUCAGCCAAGGGAUAAGGAAUAUACAGAUCUGUGCCAGCUUCCAAAUUUAACAGAACAAACUUUACUAGAAAAUUUGAAAGUUAGAUUUGAAAAGGGUCAUAUAUACACUUAUGUUGGCUCUAUACUAAUAGCUGUAAAUCCAUUUAGGUUUUAUCCUAUAUAUAAUCCAAAAUAUGUAAAACUUUAUCAAAAUCAUCAACUAGGUGAUCUACCACCUCAUAUAUUUGCUAUAGCAGAUGCAGGCUAUCAGUUAAUGCUCCGGCAGCGAAAAAAUCAAUGUAUUGUUAUAUCAGGAGAAAGUGGAUCUGGAAAAACAGAAAGUACACAUUUAUUAUUACAUCAUUUAACUGCUCUUAGUCAAAAAGGCACUCAUGGAAGUGGAGUGGAACAAACUAUUCUAAGUGCAAGUCCCGUUUUAGAGGCAUUUGGAAAUGCUAAAACUAAGCAUAAUAACAACUCAAGUCGAUUUGGAAAAUUUAUUCAAGUUAAUUAUAAAGAAAAUGGCCAAGUUCAUGGAGCUUUGGUUCAAAAAUAUUUACUUGAAAAAUCAAGAAUUAUAUCUCAGUCUAAAAAUGAAAGAAAUUAUCAUGUAUUUUACUAUAUGCUGGAAGGAGCAAAUGAUGCUGAAAGAAAUUUGUUUCAUUUACAUCAAUCUAAAGACUAUUACUAUCUUAAUCAGAGUGAUUGUUUUAAAGUGGAAGGAGUUGAUGAAGCAUAUGAAUUCAACAGACUUAAACAGUCAAUGGAAAUGGUUGGAUUUACACCAGACAAACAAAAAGGACUGCUUGGGAUUUUGUCAGCUGUAUUACAUCUUGGAAAUGUGGAAUUUAGUAAGAAAUCCAAUUAUUAUAGUGAUGAAGUUGUUGUUAUAAAUAAUCCCGCAACAGUUAGCAUUAUUUCUCAAUUACUUGGGGUAAAAGAAGAAACUUUAAAUUCUGCCCUGACUUGCAAACAUGUUAAGACAAGAGGAGAAACUUUAAUAUUCCAUUACAAAAUGCCAGAAGCCAUUGCAACAAGGGAUGCCAUGGCUAAAUGUCUUUAUAGUGCAUUAUUUGAUUGGAUUGUCAUGCAAGUUAAUCAUGCUUUGUUAGCAAAGCAGGAUGCUCGUGAACACAAAGGAAACAGUAUUGGUGUACUUGAUAUUUUUGGAUUUGAAGAUUUUGGAUCUCAUAAUAGCUUUGAACAGUUUUGCAUAAAUUUCGCAAAUGAGCAUUUACAAUAUUAUUUUAAUCAGCAUGUCUUCAAAUAUGAACAGGAAGAAUAUGAACGUGAAGGAAUUCAAUGGAAAAACAUUGAAUUUAAAGAUAACACAGGUUGCUUAGAGUUAAUUGAAGGACGUCCUCAUGGAUUACUGUGUUUGUUAGAUGAUCAGUGCAGUUUUCCUGGAGCAACUGAUGCUACAUUACAACAAAAAUUUGAAAAUCAUUAUCGAAAUAAUGAAUUUUAUGAGCUACCUCAAUGUAAAGAGAAUUCAUUUUUUGUUAAACAUUAUGCUGGCAAAGUAAAAUAUCAAAUAAAAGAUUUUAGAGAGAAGAAUCUGGAACUUAUGAGGCCAUAUUUUGUUUUAUUACUGAAAAGUAGCAGCUUUACUCUUGUACGAGAAUUGGUUGGAACUGAUCCAGUGGCUGUUUUUCGUUGGGCAAUAUUACGAGCUUUCUUUAGAGCUCAUUUUGCAUUUUUAAAAUUACAUCAAUCAGCUACAGAUCCUAAAAAUUCAAAACUGAAUAAAAUGAAAGAAAAUUGCCUUCGUCAAAAUCGAAAAAAUAGUUCUACUAACUCAAAUCAAUAUGAGAAAUCAACAAGAAAUCCAUUGUCAACAGUUCAGACACUAUCACUUCAAUCUCCGAACAAGACUUGUAAUAAGGAAUAUGGCAUAUGCUCAUUGCAUUCACUUGAAGCUGUAUUGUGUGCUAGUGAGGCAAAAGUGUUGGAAAGAGCAAAUCAAAUCAUGCUUAAAAGUAAAUCUUCAAAGAAAACAAAACAUCAAAAAACAUUAAGCAAUUUAAAAACUAUGAAAGCAUUAAUGGGAAAGAGUCAUUAUUGUGGACAUAGAACAGCAAAAAAGCAAUCUCCUACUGUCAGUGCUCAGUUUCAGACUUCAUUGAAUCAGUUAAUGGAAACUUUGAAUCAUGCUAAUCCAUUUUUUGUUCGCUGCAUCAAAUCUAAUGCAGAAAAGAUACCAAACUGUUUUGAUGAUGCUAUGAUUCUGAGGCAGCUUAGAUAUACAGGAAUGCUUGAAACUGUUCGAAUUCGACAAUCAGGAUAUAGUGUUAGACUUACAUUUGAGGAAUUUAUACAAAGAUACAGAAUAUUGCUUCCAAAAGGCCUUCUUAGUUCACAAUUAGAUAUAUCUAAUUUUCUUACUAAUAUGUCUCUUAACGAAGAUAAUUAUCAAAUGGGAAAAACAAAGGUAUUUUUUCGUGAAAGUGAAAAAUUAAAACUUGAUGAGUGCCUUCAUCAAACUAUUCUUCAUCAUAUUGUAAUUUUACAAAGAUGGGUCCGAACUUGGUUAAUUCACCGACGAUUCAAACGGAUGAAAGUUGCUGCCAUAAUUUUGCAAAAAAAUAUUAGAAGAUAUCUUGCACAACAAAAGUUAAUUAACAUGAAGUUGCAGAUACUUGCAGCAUUGUGCAUUCAGCGUGUGUGGCGUGGCUAUCGUAUUAGAAAAUGGUACAGAAAAUUGCAGAGGGGAUGUAUUGUUAUACAAGCUGCUUGUCGGGGUUAUUUGAAUCGAAAAAAAUAUCAAUAUUUAUGGGAAAAUCAUCAAAAACAAAGGGCAUCACUUCAGGAAAAUAGUCAAAAAGCAAUAAUAGUUCGUCCUAGAAGAGCAAUGUCUGCUAGUCUGUUAGAUAACCCCAAUCAAUUUGAUUGGAAUGUAAAAUCCUAUUUAGUCACAAAAACAAAACCCGAAGUUUUCCAACGACAGCAAUCAAAGGAUUCCGAUGGGAGUAGUGGAAUUCAUGAAGAUUCUGAACCUGAAAGCCUUGCAUCAGAAAGUACUGGAUCUGCUUUACACAGUCCUCCUCCUUCACCUUUAGUAGAAGGACCAUCUAGUCUUCCUGUCAAUUAUGUUAAACAAAAUAGGCGAAAUAGAAAAGAAAGGUAUAUAGAAAUAUGUUCAUUAGAUGGCCGUUUAUGUAUUUGCUAUAAAGAUCUAAUAGAUAAUUUUGAGCAAGUUAUGCAAAGUGUUUGUCAUCAAGAAAACACUAGUCAAACAUUCCCUGUAAUUAUGGGUGUAAAUGCAUUCCGUGGCUUUCUAGAUGAAUUUAGAAAUUUAUAUAGGAAUGAAGAAAAAAUUAAAUCUAAAGGGAAGAAAAGAAAACGAAAGAAAAUGGAAUUAUCAGAAUAUAUGGGUCAUAAAUUCAUGGCUGUUGUUAUAAACAUUCCUACUGCUUGCGAAAUAUGUUCUUCUUUUAUGUGGUUAAUGGAGAAGGGAUUAGUCUGUCAAGGAUGUAAAUUGACCUGUCAUAAAAAGUGUUACACUAAAGUUAAUGUAUAUUGUAAGAAUUGCCUCAGCCAACAUGAGAAGCGUGUUUUUGGUGCUCCAUUAGAAUAUCUAGUAUCAUCUGAGAUUAGAAUUCCUAUUGUUGUUGAACGAUUAAUAACAGUAAUAGAAUUAAAAGGAUUGUAUACAGAAGGUAUCUACAGGAAGUCUGGAAUUGCUUCCAAAGUACGAAAAUUAAAAGAUCUAAUGGAAGAAGAUCCCUCUUCUGUUGAUUUAGAUUCUUUUCCUGUUCAUGUGCUGACCACAGUUUUGAAAUCCUUUUUCAGAGAAAUGCCAGAACCAUUAAUGACUUAUGAACUCUAUGACGAUUUUAUUAGAGCAUGUGAACUCUCUGAUUUCAUGGAACGAAUUCAAACAAUAUACAUCCAUCUUCAUAAGCUUCCUGUAGCAAAUUUUGAUGUAUUAGAGAGACUUGUCUUCCAUUUAGCCAGAGUGGCACAACAAGAAGAAUAUAAUCGCAUGUCAAUAAAUGCACUAGCCAUAAUAUUUGCACCUUGUAUUUUGAGGACUAAUAAGAAGUUACGGGUACAAGAUACAUUGGAAGAUGUUGGAAAACAAACUUUGUGUAUAGAAACAAUUUUAAAGAAACAACUUCAUCAAGUACGAACAACACUGGCAGAUAUUGAUACAUUAGAUGCAGCUUGUCACACAGCAACAUCAAGAUUAAGUUCACUUCGAUCAUCAAAGAUUUUCCUGCUUCAAGAAAAUGACAAUAAAUCAUCUAAUGUAGAAAAUUUUGAGGAAGAAAUAUUGACACAGCAUAUUGAAAAUAUGCAGAAUGAAAAAGUUCUUUUAACCACCGUUUUACCUUCACUGUGGCAUACUCAAGAAGGUUCAGAUGAUGAUCUUCUAAGCACAGAUAUGGAUAGCAAUACUGGUAGUGUUGAUGAUAUAUGCAGUAAUCAAUAUUCUGACACACUCUCUUCAGGUGAUCCACCAGCCAAGCUUCAGCCUAAUAAUUUGAAACAUUUAACCAAGAAUAGAGUAUUGGUACCUAAAAGACGCCUGCCAUCAAGAUUUGUACAUAAUUCAUCUCAGCAAGAUAAAAACAAGAUGGAUGAGAGUGUUGUAUCAUUCUUUCACCCGCAAGAUGUAGAUCAAGAAGAAGCCAUCAGAGUUUAAACAAAAUAUAUAUGUACUACAUAUAUUUUGAAAAGAGAAUUCUACUUGUAACUUCUUUAAGAAGUUUUUAAAUAGCAUAAAUUUAUUUUGCUCAUUAUUGUUGUUGUUUUUGUAUUUAUAUAAAAUAUUCCUUCAAACUAUUAUAGAAAUAUUUGUUAUUUUGAAUUAAAAAUAAUAGAUUUAUAUCUUUGAUAUAAUUUGCAUUGUGGAUUCCUUUAUAGGAAUGGAAGAGAUGCAGAAAUCUAGCAGUGCUAGAGAAAAUGCAAUUAUUAUAAAGAAUUGGGAUCAAAUUCUCUUGCAUUUUAUAAAAGAAAUCUCAUUCAUUCAUAAAUCCAGUACAUUAAGAAUUCGUUAUGAAGCAUAAUUGUUACAAUAUUGUGAAAAGUUUAGCAUUUGUGAAUAUAUUGUAAGUAAAAGGAUUAAAAAUCUUCUAGAAUAAUGUUAAAAGUCAAUUUUCUUCAUUAUUUUUUUUAAAGUAAGUACUUUUAAUGUUAAAACAAUAAUUCUUCUUGUUGUAAUAGUAUUCAUCUACAAAGAAAUCUACUGUAACUGUGUUUGUGAUUUGUUUAAUGUUUGAUAUAUGUAUAUUUAUACAUAAGUGUCGGACAAUAUUUUCGAUCCUUUUAAUACUCAGUAUAUUUCAAAAAUCAGCCAAAAUAUAUCAUUGUACAUUAGACAUUUUUUUAAAAUACAAAAAAAAUAUUAUAUAUAUUGUAUACACAAAUUCAUAUGCAAGCAUGUUUAUAUAUAUAAGCAUAUGAUUUUGUAUAAAGGUUAUCUGACUUUGUCUUCCACACCAUACACCAUGGGGAAAUUAUCUCAAACAUGGUUCAGAUUUUCUUUUUUUUUUUUUUUAGUUAUUUAUAAAAUGUCAUUUGUAUAAAUUAUUUAGAUGAAAUAUUUAACAAUGGAAGAACCAUUGUAUCUAUAAUGUUUGUCCAUUUAAAAUGUAUUAUAAGAAGGAUAUAUUGACGUUAAUGUUCCAGUUUUCUCAAAAUAAGACUAACAGGAUCUUCCACUUAUCUAUUUUGAGUAUCGUACUAAUCUGGUAUCAGUUGCUGUUUAUUCUGUAUAGCUUUGCAUUAAAUUGCUGUGUACAGCGAUCACCACUCCAAUAUCAUUAUUGUACGUUUGUAUGGAGAAGUUACACCAUCGUUGUAUAAAUGAAAAAUGAUUUUUUUCCCUACUCCUCAUCUUAAGAAAGAAUUGUGGAAAUCUUGUGUAUUUGUGAACAUUUUGCUAAAAGUAAAAAUAUAUAUAUUUAUAAUUUUGCAUUAAAGUAAUUUCAGAGAUUUUAA